AUGUCUCGUGCUGGGUUUCCACCUUCAACAAACUCCGCCUCUAUUCCCUUCAUGAUAACUUCCACAUCACGUCAGAAACUCUACGAACUGGAAUACACCAAAGACCAAGUAGACUCUCUUUCACCUUCUCAAGCACUCAUAAUUCUCUCACGCAACUUCAAGCCAGAAACGUAUGGCGCGUAUAUUCGUGCCACGUAUCAACCUAAAAAAACUCCGGAACUUGAUUCAGAUUUGCCUCCAGUUAUUCAGAAAACUACAUUUUCCUCAUCAUCUCAUUCCACUCCAUCGUCGUCACAAACUGACAAUAAAUCGACAUCGCCAUUAAUAAAAAAAGGCUGGAGAAAAUACAUAGAUCAAUUCAAAUCAAAACCCGCAUCUUACAUUAUUUCAUUUGCGAUCUUACACGAGAUUACAGCGAUUCUGCCUAUACCCCUGGUAUAUUUGUUUCUGGAUCGAACAGGACUGAGUAUUCCAUUGCCAGAGAAAAUAAUACAAGAUGGAAAUCAGUUUAUUAAUAAGGUGGCAAAUUAUUAUGGAUGGCAGGGGUUCGAGAACGGAACACGUAUGGCGAUUAAUGGUGCUACUAGCUAUGCAGUUGUAAAGGUAUUAUUGCCCGUACGAAUUGCGGCUUGUGUAUGGUUAACACCUUGGACUGCUGACAAAAUGGAAUUGGCAUUUAUCUAG